AUGUCGGUUAGGAAGUCUGCUGAGUUAAAGUCCUGGGGACUAAUCCUUGGCGCUUUAAAAGCCGCCAGAGAGGAAAAGCAGUUUUCCCAUACCGUGCGUGUGCUGCUCGGUCUUGGGCAGGAUCCAGGAAAUUCCUUUGGGGAUUCCUUGGAUCCUGGAGGCCCCAGCAGGCCGGGAGAUAGUGUCUCUUGGAGGAAUCCAGAGGACGGCUUAUUGAUCCAAGAAGCGCCGCCGCCACUGCCUUUCACCGAUUCCCAUGAUGCGGCUCGGGUCGAGCAGUCGCCGCUGGCUCCAGCCCCGGUGCGGCUGCUGGCCCCGGACUUGCUGCCGGCGCUGGCUCCAGCUUUGCCACAGGUCCGGGCUCCGUUCCCAGCCCCAGAGAGAGUAGAUCCCCUCAGCAGUGCCACGACCAAGAUGGUGCCGGCCACGCUGCUCGCUUCUGCCUCGGGCGCCACCCACCAGAUGUCAAUCACCGCUGAGGAAUGCGAAGGGGGCGUGUCGCAACACCCACCGUUGUCUUCGCCAAUCAUCGCGCAAGAGACUCUCGAGACUCCUCCUCCGUAUCCGCCUCCUUAUCCACGUCAAUCAUUGUACUCUUCAUUACGUAAUGUUUCAUGGGCGGAAAUCGGAGAAGGCUGUAUGCACCCCCCAAGGGGUGGUCCGUCCACGCCCCUUAGUCCGCCCGAAGGAGGGGUUACAUCGGAAAAGGCAAUGAUGCAAGGGGGCGGGAUCGAUGGGCGUGCACGGAUCGAGGGGGGAGGAGAGAGUGGGCGUAUUCAAGGCGGGUCCAGUGGGCAUGUUCGGAUUGCUGAUUGGGCCAAGAUAGCAGAAACAUUAGAUGAGAAGGGCCUAUCAGAAGUGGUUCAUGUGUUUCCGGUUGCAAUGCAGGAUGAUGGGGAAGCGCGAUGGGUUCCGCUGGAUGCGAAAGGGGUGGCACGGUUGGUGGAUGCUGUGGAGAAGAAGGGGCUAAGAUCGCCUCUUACUUUAAAUGCCCUGGAAGCUUUAACAGCACCGGGACCGUUGCUUCCUCAUGAUAUUGAAAGUCUUAUGCGCAUGAUUCUUGAGCCAGUGCAAUACACCCUCUGGAAAGAGGAGUGGAGCACUCAGCUCAAGACGGUGCUGGCAGCAGCAGAAAAUUAUCUACUUCACCCUGCGUUUGGUAGUAAUUUACACAGGCUCAUGGGUACUGCUCCAGGAAUGGGCGGGACCCCCCAUGGUCAGCUUGCAUUCCUGCGACCGGGUGAAGUGUUAGUAACUUCUGAAGCAGCUAUUGCUGCAUUCAGGAAGUUUGCUCGCACUGUAGCCCCUGCGAGCCCAUGGACAGAGAUAGAGCAGGGCCCAAAUGAAUCGUUUCAGGACUUUGCUAACAGAUUGAUGAAAGCUGUGGAAGGCUCGGACCUGCCUAGGGCGGUGCAUAAUCCAGUGAUUGUGGACUGCCUUAGGCAGAAGUCCCAUGAGAGCUUGAGAGAUAUUUUACAAUCAGCCCCUGGAAAAUUAACUACACCGGCAGAGAUUGUUAAGUAUGUUAUGGAUAAGCAGAAGUCUGCACCUCUGACGAAUGAAGGGCUUGCAGCAGCCAUUGUGACGGCGACAGGCUUCUCUAGAGGUCCUUGCUAUCGCUGUGGUGAAUACGUUCAUAUUAAGGCACAGUGCGGUGCCAGAAAAAACAAUGAUGUUAUUUGUCAACUGUGUGGGAAGAGGGGGCAUACUGCACGGCAGUGCAGAAAACCGAGAGUUCAGAGUCAGGGAAACGAGAGGGGGAGGGAGCCACGGGCCCGAAGUCCCUCCCGUGUAUCCAAGAACGGGCCUGUGACCAACCCACCAGUUUUGUUGACUCCUCCCCUGAGGUUUCUCUGAUUCCGAAUGUGGCAUUGACUCUGCACUGCGGCGAUAGGCCACUGGUCAAGGCUUUUGCAUCAUAUCUUGGCUUGCCACAGGAUUUUCCAGCUCCUCGCUCUGUUUUAUUUGUUGCUCUGUUAGAUUCAGGGGCAGUUAUUACAGUUAUAGCAGACAGUGAUUGGCCUGAUGAGUGGCCGCUUGGCCCCCCUCAAUUGAUUCGAGGGGCGGGAGGCGCUUCACUCACCAGGAAAUCUUUAGCGAGAGUGGAGAUUAUUGUGAUUAACAGGGAUGGUUCACUGGAAAAGCCUGCCUUUUUGACUCCGCUCAUUGCUAACAUCCCAGGAACCUUAUUAGGCAGGGAUUUCUUGAGUAAUGUGGGUGCACGCAUUACAAAUUUAUAGUAAGGGCCACUGUCUGCCAGCUAUCUACCACAUAUGCUAUUCCAUUGCGGUGGAGACAGGAUGCGCACCCUGUUUGGGUGGAU